GAGGGACCCCGAGGCAGCCAGGCAGAGAGAGGGUGAGGGAGGGCUGCUGCCUUCCUUCGCCUGCGGAACUCGCAGCAACUCCGGGGUUCUCCAGCCAGACCAAGAAAACAAACUCUGAGCAAGAUAAGAAAUCAUGACUUCCGAUGCUAGCCAUAUGCUUGAAGCUGCUCUAGAGCAAAUGGAUGAUAUCAUUGCAGGUACCAAAGCAGCUGCAGAAUAUACAAAUGGAGUCUAUGACAUGGUGUCACCUGCUCAAUCAAUGUAUUUUGGUACACUCCAAAUCCUUCACCUAUUAGAAGAUUUGAAGUUGGCACUUGAGAUGCUCAAGGAUCCUCAAGAAAAAGAAGCUUUACGAAAUCAGAUACCAGGGACCACAGCUGCUUGUAUACGUGAUUGGCUGGAGGAAAAUCUGUCCCAGGUGAGUCACCAUACUUCAGCCAGUAAUGAAACCUAUCAAGAACGUCUGGCGAGAUUAGAAGGUGAUAAAGAAUCUCUCAUACUGCAGGUGAGUGUCCUUACAGACCAAGUGGAGGCCCAAGGAGAAAAAAUUCGAGACCUAGAAGUUUGCCUUGAAGGGCACCAGCUGAAGCUUAAUGCCACUGAAGAGAUGCUUCAACAGGAGCUGCUAAGUCGGACUCAACUUGAGACACAGAAAUUAGAUCUAAUGGCAGAAGUGUCAGACCUCAAGAUUAAACUAGUUGGGAUGGAGAAAGAACAGAGUGAAUAUGAAGAGAAGCAGAACAAAGCUGAGUCAGUAGUGAACCUGAUCAGUGAACUGCAAGAACAGAUGUGUAGACUUCAGCUGGAGAUUAAUAGUAAAAUCCAGGAAAGAAAAUCCCACAGUAGAAAGCCAAGUAUGGCGGCACUUGGUCCUCAAGAUAGUACAGAGUCGAUGACAGAGCUCCCUACACAUAAUUUGUUACAGGAACUGAAGCAUCUAAAAAUUAAAGUUGAAGAGCUAGAAAAUGAAAGGACCCAAUAUGAAUGGAAACUGAAAGCAACCAAAGCUGAAAUAGCACAACUUCAGGAACAGUUAGCACUAAAAGACUCAGAAAUUGAACGACUACAGAGUCAAAUCUUGAGGACAUCAUCAAAUAAUGAAAUUGCAGAAAGAGAGGAAGUGUAUAGGCGAAGGCUAAAAGAGAAACAUCAAGAAGUACAACGUCUGAAAGUAGGAAUGGAAUCAUUGCUAGCUGCAAAUGAAGAAAAGGAUCGUCGGAUAGAAGAGUUAACUGUUUUGCUAAGCCAGUACCGAAGAGUGAAAGAGAUCAUGAUAGCAGUACAAGGAACUUCAGAAAGAGUUUUGUCUAGUACCAGUGAAGAUGAUUUUGAGGCAACUUUAAGAAAAUGGAAUCCUAUCAAUAAGCCCCAAAUGGAAAUAUAUAAACCAGAGAUACUUCCACGGGUAUUGACCCCACCUAUGUUGCCUCCUCCGCCACAAAAAGUACUGGAAAUCAGUGGAGGUUCUCCAGUUCCUGCAAAUAAAUUUUCAACAAAUGGAGAAAGCCUGGAAUUCCAAAAUAGGGUACCUCAGAAAAAAAUAUCAAGUAGUCUAGAAGACCUGCAAAGUGAAUCCUUGGGAAAGCAUAUAGAUGAAAAACCAAUAGAACGUGAUAUAGAAAAAGAGAAUAGGCCACAGGUGAAAAGCAGCAAGUACCAAACUUUGCCAGGGAAGCUGUUUCGCCCAGCACACAAUGGUGAUAAUGGGAUAUACAAUACACCUGGUUCUCCCAGUACAUGUCGUGUGAAUGGCAAUGAGGACAACGGCAUACAGAGCCUGAAUCGCAUCAGGAGUGUCAGUGCACCAAUCUUAGGAGACUCCGACAAUAUGGAUGGCACAGUCACUUCAGAAGACCUUUCUCCCUUAUCGUCUGGAACAGAGUCUGGUGCACAGUCUCCAUUAUCUCCAGAAAGUAAAAGAAGCCCAAAAGGAAUAAAGAAGAUAUGGGGAAAAAUACGCAGGACUCAGUCUGGCAAUUUUCCUGGGGAUGAUCUGGGCUUGGUUGAAUUUCGAAGAGGUGGCCUCCGUGCAACAGCUGGACCUAGACUGUCUCGGUCAAAGGACACCAAGGGACAGAAGAAUGAUCAUAACGCCCCAUUUGCCCAAUGGGGCAAUGAACGAGUGUGUAGCUGGCUUGAGGAUUUUGGUCUCGGUCAAUAUGUCAUUUUUGCACGGCAGUGGGUAACAUCUGGUCACACACUUUUAACAGCAACACCACAAGACAUGGAAAAGGAACUAGGAAUAAAACAUCCUCUACACAGGAAGAAAUUGGUUCUGGCAGUUAAAGCUAUAAAUGCAAAACAAGAUGAUAAGUCUGCACAGCUAGAUCACAUCUGGGUGACGCGGUGGCUUGAUGAUAUUGGUUUACCUCAAUACAAAGAUCAGUUUCAUGAAUCAAGAGUUGAUGGCAGAAUGCUGCAAUAUCUAACUGUGAAUGACCUUCUGUUUCUCAAAGUCACAAGCCAGCUUCAUCAUCUCAGCAUUAAGUGUGCCAUUCAUGUGCUGCAUGUGAACAAUUUCAACCCCCACUGCCUACGUAGAAGGCCAGCUGAUGAGAACAACAUUUCCCCUUCUGAGGUGGUUCAGUGGUCCAAUCACAGAGUGAUGGAAUGGCUCAGAUCAGUAGAUCUGGCAGAAUAUGCACCAAACCUUCGAGGAAGUGGAGUUCAUGGUGGUCUCAUUAUCCUUGAACCUCGUUUUAAUGGUGAUACACUGGCAAUGCUUCUCAACAUUCCUCCUCAAAAGACACUACUAAGACGCCACUUAACCACUAACUUCAAUGUACUCAUUGGACAAGAAGCACAGCAAGAAAAAAGGGAAAUAGUGGAAUCUACAGUUUAUACGCCUCUGACUACCACUGCUAAAGUCCGGCCAAAGAAACUUGGAUUUUCACAUUUUGGAAACUUAAGAAAAAAGAAGUUUGAUGAAUCAACAGAUUACAUUUGUCCUAUGGAUACAUAUAUAAGUACAACCAAUGGCACUCAGAAGAUCUACAGUGCUUACAAAGUGCACAGUGCCCUCCCUGACAAAGAAUUAAACAAACUGGAUCAGAUGGAACAUUCAGAAGGAACAGUAAUGCAAAUAGGGGAACUUUCUCAAGGAAUAAACAACCUCACAACUAUGUUAAGUCAAGAUCAGAUGUUCAAUGAUGAUAGAUUUUUAACACCGGCUUUAGAGGACUGGAGAUGAAGACUCCAUGACAACACCACUGCUAAUACCUUGGUUGUAUUAAGAGAUAUGGCUAGGGCUGGAUGGGUGCUACAUUUAACAAUUUGUCACUGUCUUUGCCACUGAAAUAACUAAGUGCUAUUUUUAAAACACCUUCCAUUGGGACAAAAAUCCUAUGAUCUAGUAACACAUACAGAGAACCUAUGCAAUAUUUUUAGAAAUGGGAGAAAUUGAGCAUGUGUAAAUAUUAUACUUCUACACAGGGUGAGCCACUUAUUUGUCAGUGAUCCAUUUUUUCAUAUUUUGUACAUUUAAGAUUUCCUUGUGUUGUAGACUGUUGGAAUUGCAUUGUUUUCUAAAGUGUUCCUGCUCUAAAAAGGUUGAUACAACCGAUUCAAUUAUUUAUUGUCAAUAUGGUAUAGCAAAACCUGUUCCUUCUCAAGAUAAAUGUGCUAAUUGUUUGCUUUAGCCCCUGGCCCUAAAGCUACAACAAGCAUCCAGAAUGUGAAGAGAUCAUUCCUAACCUUUGUGCAGUCUUCUUAACUCUCACAUUCUGAACAGUGUCUGUAGUCUACAAUAAGAAAACUUAACUUCCUGCAUUUAAAAAAUGCUAAGAGCAGAAGAAUCUUCUUGUUCCGAUUGUUUCAGUAACCAUCCUAUUUUGUAUUUGGAUAAUCUAGAGCAGGAGUGGAAAUGUCAUAUGCAGUACCCAAAUCCCAGGCACCCGUUCCCAUGGGCUUCUAAAUCAAAACCAGAAAACCACACCUCCAGAAGUUUGGUUUUUUGGAGAAAGGUGGGAUACAAAUUCAAUAAAUCAUUACAUCACCGAACCUCUUGGGGGGGAAAAUGGAUGUCUAAGCACAAGAAGCAGUCCUUUUAGUCAUAGCUUUGUAACUCCUGAAAAGCUACAUUUUUAAUGUUUACAGAUUUUUUUUCUGAUAAGAAUAUCAAACUGAAUUUUUCAUCCAGCAGAAUAUCUAUAUUUCUUUCUCUGGUGCACAAAAUUUGGAAUUAAUUCUGAUCAACUAAGUAAGAUUACUCUCAAGCCAGGAUAGAUGGGUACUGGGAUAAGAACAUUAAAUGUUCAUACUGGAGGAAAUUUUUUUCCUACUACAGAGCAUCAACCUACUUUCCACUUUCCACUGAUGCUCUCUUAAAUUUCACCACUUGGCUGCUUUUGGUCUGAAUCCUACUAUUAGUUCCAAGCAGAACAGAACUACUGACUCUAUAAGAAUUACAUAUGUGUUUACUCACUAUGCAAUAAUUGUUUCAAUGAAGUCACGCCUUAGUUUCCUAUUUCAAAUGGGAUUGCCCGAGGCAGAACUUUUUGAAAAUUUUCUGAACUGAUUUUCAUAGCAACUGCAAAUCUACAUGAAAAUUUUGUAUCUUCUGUAAUAUUUGCUGAUUUUCUCUUCAGAUCUCUAGCCUAGUAAUCUAAACAUACACAAGGGUACCCUCUGCUGGCGAUACAAAUGUUUGUUCACAUAAAACAUUCCAGAUAUAACUUACUAUCUUCUACAAAAAAAACAUCUUGAGUUUUCUUUCUACACAGACACUAGUCAACUUUCAGUCAACAAGAAUUCAUUGUAUCCUUGUGUUGGAAAAAUAAUCUAGCCCAUUUUAUAGAACUAAGUAACAGGCCUUUCACUGGUUAUACAAGAGAAAUAUGCAGUGGCUGCAAAGACUCUUCAACAUUCAUCCAGACAAGAUACAUUUAAAAGUUCAAAACCUUUGGAGAUUUCAACCAUAUAUACAUUGUUAUAUAGAUUCAGAUCUAGAAUGUUCUGUACAUUGAAAAGCAUGUCAAACUCAGAUGUACAUAAUGUUUACAAAGAUUAAUGUCAGCCAUAAGCAUGCAGACAGAGAUCAACAUCUUAUUUGAACCCAAAGGAUGAGUGGUCAUACAGCUAAAAAGCAAAAUGUCUGAAGAGGGUAUUUCAAGCACAACAGUCAAUGGUGGACUUCCAUGUUUUUAUUAGGAAUGGUAGUUUCUGAGUUUCAGUAUUAAUAAAUACAAAAAAAGUUAUCCUAAGGCUUGCAUGAGAAAUGGGGCUCAAAUGUAUGUGCUUCCUAGAAUGUCUUCACUACUGUCUGGAUAGCUUGACCAUGUUUCAUGAAAGUUGCUUAAAUUUAUAAUACUGUCA